AGCAGUCGUAUUCCUCGACCAAGUGUGAGUCAAGGAUGCAGCCGGGAAGCUAGUCGGGAGAGCAGCAGGGACACAAGUCCUGUUCGUUCUUUUCAGCCACUUGCCUCCAGACACCAUUCCAGAUCAACUGGUGCCCUCUACGCCCCCGAUGUGUAUGGGGCCUCAGGUCCGGGUUACGGGAUCAGCCAAUCAAGUCGACUGUCGUCUUCUGUUAGUGCCAUGCGAGUCCUGAACACAGGUUCUGAUGUGGAGGAGGCGGUAGCAGAUGCCUUGCUCUUAGGAGACAUACGGACUAAGAAAAAACCAGCUCGAAGAAGAUAUGAAUCAUAUGGAAUGCAUUCAGAUGAUGACGCCAACAGCGAUGCAUCUAGUGCUUGUUCAGAACGCUCCUAUAGUUCUCGAAAUGGUAGUAUUCCUACAUAUAUGAGGCAGACGGAAGAUGUGGCAGAAGUCCUCAAUAGAUGUGCUAGUUCCAAUUGGUCAGAAAGGAAGGAAGGCCUCCUAGGUCUGCAGAACUUAUUGAAAAAUCAGAGAACACUAAGUCGAGUUGAACUGAAAAGAUUAUGUGAAAUUUUCACAAGAAUGUUUGCUGACCCUCAUGGCAAGGUAUUCAGCAUGUUUUUGGAAACGCUAGUGGAUUUCAUACAAGUCCACAAAGAUGAUCUUCAAGAUUGGUUGUUUGUACUGCUGACACAACUACUAAAAAAAAUGGGUGCUGAUUUGCUUGGAUCUGUUCAGGCAAAAGUUCAGAAAGCCCUUGAUGUUACAAGAGAAUCUUUUCCAAAUGAUCUUCAGUUCAAUAUUCUAAUGAGAUUUACAGUUGAUCAGACCCAAACACCAAGCUUAAAGACAGUCAAGCCAGCACUUCGGGACCAGCUUCACUCUUUUUGGAGCUCCAAGGUGAAGGUUGCUAUCCUUAAAUACAUAGAAACUCUGGCCAAACAGAUGGAUCCAGGAGAUUUUGUAAAUUCCAGUGAAACUCGCCUAGCAGUGUCUCGGGUCAUCACUUGGACAACAGAACCCAAAAGUUCUGAUGUUCGGAAGGCAGCACAGUCAGUACUGAUUUCAUUAUUUGAACUCAAUACCCCAGAGUUUACAAUGUUAUUAGGAGCUUUACCAAAAACUUUUCAGGAUGGUGCUACGAAGCUUCUUCAUAAUCACCUUCGAAACACUGGCAAUGGAACCCAGAGUUCCAUGGGGAGUCCUUUGACAAGACCAACACCACGAUCACCAGCUAACUGGUCCAGUCCUCUUACUUCUCCUACCAAUACAUCACAGAAUACUUUAUCUCCAAGUGCAUUUGAUUAUGACACAGAAAAUAUGAACUCUGAAGAUAUUUAUAGCUCUCUUAGAGGUGUCACUGAAGCAAUCCAGAAUUUCAGCUUCCGUAGCCAAGAAGAUAUGAAUGAGCCAUUGAAAAGGGAUUCUAAAAAAGACGAUGGCGAUUCAAUGUGUGGUGGUCCUGGGAUGUCUGACCCAAGAGCAGGAGGUGAUGCCACUGACUCAAGCCAAACAGCUCUUGAUAAUAAAGCUUCAUUGCUUCAUUCAGUGCCUACUCACUCCUCUCCACGCUCUCGAGACUAUAAUCCAUAUAACUAUUCAGAUAGCAUCAGUCCCUUCAACAAGUCUGCCCUCAAGGAAGCCAUGUUUGAUGAUGAUGCUGACCAGUUUCCUGACGAUCUUUCCCUAGACCAUUCUGACCUAGUUGCAGAGUUGUUGAAGGAGCUGUCUAACCAUAAUGAGCGUGUAGAAGAAAGAAAAAUCGCCCUCUAUGAACUUAUGAAACUGACACAGGAAGAAUCUUUUAGUGUUUGGGAUGAACACUUCAAAACAAUAUUGCUUUUAUUGCUUGAAACCCUUGGAGAUAAAGAGCCUACAAUCAGGGCUUUGGCGUUAAAGGUUUUAAGAGAAAUCCUAAGGCAUCAACCAGCAAGAUUUAAAAACUAUGCAGAAUUGACUGUCAUGAAAACAUUGGAAGCACAUAAAGAUCCUCAUAAGGAGGUGGUGAGAUCUGCCGAGGAAGCAGCAUCAGUGUUGGCCACUUCAAUUAGUCCAGAGCAGUGCAUCAAAGUGCUUUGUCCUAUCAUCCAAACUGCAGACUAUCCAAUUAAUCUGGCUGCAAUCAAAAUGCAAACAAAAGUGAUAGAAAGAGUGUCCAAGGAAACCCUUAACCUCCUUUUGCCAGAGAUUAUGCCAGGUCUGAUACAGGGUUAUGAUAAUUCGGAGAGCAGUGUUCGGAAAGCUUGCGUCUUCUGCCUGGUGGCUGUUCAUGCAGUAAUUGGUGAUGAACUAAAACCACAUCUCAGUCAACUUACUGGCAGUAAAAUGAAGCUACUGAAUCUUUACAUCAAACGUGCACAAACGGGCUCUGGAGGAGCUGAUCCCACUACUGAUGUUUCUGGACAAAGUUAGUGAAGCUCAUCACAGCGAACCAGGUCUCUCAAAAGAAAGGACAGAUAGACCACCCUCAUCAAUGAAAGGAAAUUCUCAAACACAUCUUUUGGAACUUACUAUUGUUUCCCAGUUUUAGUUUUUUGUUUCGUUUCGUUUUGUAUUUUCUGUAACAGAGGACUAUCCUCAGUCUGCAUGUAACUUUUAUGAUAGUUAUUCCAAAUUCAAGAAGAAGCAGUAUUAACAUCAAUUGAUCGAUACAAAGUAAUUUUUAAUCUAAUUCAUCAUUUCACAUGUUUGUACUUUGUCUUCCCAUUAACCUUUGCCAGUGUUAUGAUUGUAUAAAUUUUUUUAAAUGCUGGUUAAACAGGAAUGCUUAAAGCUUUAAAAGUUUAACAGUCUAAAACAUUUUUGCUUUUAUUCAACUGCAGAAUAAUAUUUUUAUUGCUACUUUGAGUUUUGUUCCGUAUCAUGUCCUAUGCUGGAAAUAUUUAAAUGAUGUGAAACAAAGCAGGACUAAUUUGAACUACCGCUGGACUCUGUUUGUGUGAUGGUGAUACAUGUCAUUAGUUGCAACUUCUUUGGGGUGAUCUAUAGUUUGAAAACUAAAACCUCAAAGACAGAUGUUACAGAAUCAGCCAGUUCUAUAAAACUGAUAUCGUCUGUUGGUUAUUGAUCUUGCCAUCUUUAUUUAAAACCAUGUCCCUUCUAUGAUCCCUUAAGAAAGCUGCACCAAAUCAUCUGCCUGUGUUUUCUUGAUACUUACUGAAAUAGAAGGUUUUAUUGCAGGGUU